AUGACAGAGGCGCUACGGUUACUCCGCUCUCUUGACCUACCAGCAACGGCGGCGCUGGGGGCCAACAACAACACUCUGCAACCGUCUGCCGUGCACUCGGUAACCAUCCAGGACAUGGAGGGGCGCCUGCCACCGCUGGCGCUACAAAUCUUACGGGAGGAGCAGCAAACCCCGUCCCAAGACCCGCUGCAACGUGCCCUGUCUCUGGAGAGUGGGGCAGCAGCCGCCCGCCUGGCAGCUGCUGACCUGGCAAUGGCUAACCUGGCAGCAGAGACCCACCUGGCAGAGGCGGAUGAUGUUGGAGUUGGCGUCAUGCGGGAACAGCAGAUGCGUGUUCACCACCAACACAUCCUCCUCCCUCUACCGCUCGUGCUCAUGCUGUUGCUGUCCAUGCACCCCUCCCUCACUCCCACCUGA